ACAUUAAAAAUCAGCAAACAAAGAUAGGUAAAGAACAAUUAGCUACUACAUAUGGAUUAACAAUAACUCCUGGACCUCUUAGUAUACUUAAAUGGGAUUGUCAUGUGCAAACUCCACAUGACAUAUACCAUUCAAUGGCUGCUAAAGCCCGUACCUUAUUGGAUGCAACCUUCGUUAUUCUUAGUACAACUGGAGAAGAAGCUUUUUUAACAUACUGGAAAAACAUUGAAAACCCUACUGGCUGGUGUCGAAUGCCUAAUCCAUUACGGCAUCGUCAAAGCUUUAUGUUUUCCGAUGUUUUAAGACUUGUUAUUUUAAUGCCAUUUAUACUUAGAUGUGUUUUAAAACCUAAUUGCAUAAAAUCAGAUGUUUUAAAAAAAUGGCAAGAAAAUUCUGGUAAAAAACCAGUUACACAAUUGUGUAGUCUUUGGACUACUGAGGCUAAA